UUAUUAAUAUUACUUUUUAUAGUAGAAUUAUUUAUUCUCUUAAAUAAGGAAUAUUUACUUUUUUCCUAUUUUUAGAAUAUGUUCAUCAUGUCUUCGGAUGAGUGCUAUACACUUGAUAUAAAUUUAAUUAAAAGAACCUAUAGGUUUCUAGCUGAACUUAAAGGAAGUAAAUGUUCAGAUAUUGUUGUAUUAAAAGAAGAUAUACCAAAUUAUAGAUAAUGUGAAAAGGCAGAUUUGUGUAAUAAUAAAAAAGGGGGAAUAGAAAAAAGAAAAGAACCUAAUAAAUCAUUUAAUAAAGAAAGAUUCAGUAUUCAGAUUAGGAAUUUCAGUAAGUGAAUGUUUGAUAAAAAAUAUUUUCUUUUUGAAAAAAAAUGAGUUAAUAAAAAAUAUUAUGAGGACUUUCAAGAGCAAAAUAGAAUAAUUCGUGAUAAAAUAAAAUUUAAAACUUAUACAUUUGGAAUUGUAGUUUUUUUUCCUUUUUUUUACCCCGUAUUACAAGGAUUAGAUAAUUUAUGAAUUCUACGGAAUAAUCUUUUAGGAAUACUAGCUAUUAUUAUAGGAGAAAAAACUGCUAUAUUCGAACCUUAUAUUUGUUCAAUAUUUUUUGGACUACUUAUAAUUAUAUUAGAUCUCAUAAUUAUAAUAACAAUAACUAAGAUCUUAAUAAAUAAUAAAAAAUAUAAAAAAUAUAAGUUGAUAGAUGACAAAAUGAAUAUUAAGUGGUAUGACUUUUUCUGUAACUUAUUAAUAUGA